AUGCAAAUCAAAAAGAAAUCAAGAUCUCAAUUGUACUCAAUGUCUGAAAAUCAAGACCAAAAUUCUACAAAGAUAGAAUUCCCAAGUAAAGAAGAAAGUUCUACAAAAAUAGAAUUUCCUAGUAAAGAAGAAAAUAAAACCGCUAUAGUGCUAGAUGAAUAUGCAGAUUCUGCCAGUACACAUAGCUAUCAUGGCACUGCCUGGUACGAUAAAAAAUUAAUACCUGGCAUCCCUAGUUAUUCAUCUGGUCUUAUUCAAGUGGUUUUAUUAUCUUUUGUCGCAUUUCUAUGCCCAGGAUGUUUCAAUGCUUUGUCCGGUUUAGGUGGUGCUGGUUUAAGUAGUGCAACAUUGGCUAAUAAAGCUAACAUUGCUUUAAACUCAACUUUCUCUGUUGUUGGGUUUUUUUCUGGUACUUUUGUUAACACAUUUGGUGUAAAACCAUCGUUGAUUUUUGGUGGAUCUGGUUAUUGUAUUUAUGUCUUAGCUUUUUUAUUACACAAAGUUUGUAACAAAAGCGAUGCCCAAAUUACUGCUGUGAAUGGUUUUAUUGUGUUUGCAGGUGCUUGGUUAGGUGUUUGCGCUGGUAUGUUUUGGUGUGCACAAGGUGCUAUUAUGAUGUCCUACCCAACAGAAAAGGCAAAGGGAAGGUAUGUUUUCAUGUUCUGGACUAUUUUCAAUUUGGGUGCCGUUAUUGGUAGUUGUGUUCCCUUAGGCCAAAAUAUGCACAACGAAAAUGGGAGUUCUGUUGGUACUGGUACUUAUGUUGCCUUUUUGGUAUUGACUGCCUGUGGAUUCAUUUUAGCAAUUUUUCUACUACCUAUCAAGAAAGUAAAGAGAAAAGAUGGUUCCAAGAUUAUUACUCCAAAAAACCCCAAAAUAAAAGAGGAAAUGUCUGAAUUAUUCAAAGUUAUGAAAAGGGAGCCUUGGAUAGUGGGUCUCUUCCCCUUAUUUUUUUCUUCUAACUGGUUCUACACUUACGAACAGUCAGACUUCAACACAACCAAUUUUAACAUCAGAACUAGAGCCUUGAAUUCUUUAUUAUUUUGGUUAAUGCAAAUGUUUGGUGCCAUGGUCAUUGGGUGUCUAUUAGAUUUCAAAAAAUUGUCAAGAAAAAGAAGAGCUUUGUAUGGUUGGGCAGUUGUUUUUGGUGCUACCCACAUUAUUUGGGGAUGUGGUUAUAUUUUUGCUAAAGAUCACUAUAGAGGGGCUGUUGUUUUAAAUCCUAUUGAUUUUACUGAAAGAAGAUAUAUUGGUCCAAUGUUUUUGUAUAUGUUUUAUGGGUUUUUUGAUGCAUUAUGGCAAUGUUAUUCAUAUUGGAUUAUGGGUGCCUUAACAAACUCUUCAAGAAAAUGUGCUAUCUACACUGGUUAUUACAAAGGUUUACAAAGUGCAGGCGCUGCUAUUUCUUGGGCUAUUGACAAUAUGAACAAGCCAUAUCAGACAAUGUUUGGUACUUCAUGGGGAUUAUUAGCUGGCUCUAUGGUUAUCGCAUUCCCAGUUUUAUUUUAUAAGGUUGAAGAAACUACCGAUAUUAACAAAGAUUUAGUCGGUAUAAGCGCUGAUUCUCCAACAUAUGAUGAUGUUUCUGAAUAUCAAACGCAUGUUUCAGUGAUUGAUGAAGCUUAA